AUGAUUGUGGGGCAUGCAUUGCAGGGGGAAGCUGAGGAAGCACUAAGACUUUUUGCAUCCAUGAAAAAGGAAAACAAAAGUGGGAAAAAGAAGAAUUGUGAUCCCGGGAAUGGUUUAAUCCUCCCAAACGAUGUUACUUUCAUUGGAGUUCUAAUGGCUUGCAGCCACGGAGGGAUGGUGGAAGAAGGGAAGAGGCAUUUCCAAAGCAUGAUUGAGGAUUAUGGUUUAAAACCUAGGCUUUCUCACUUUGGUUGUAUGGUAGAUCUUUUAUGCAGAGCUGGGCAAUUAAAAGAAGCUUAUGAGUUUAUUCUAGAUAUGCCUGUCAAGCCAAAUGCAGUGGUGUGGCGGACUUUGCUAGGUGCUUGUGGUGUUUGGGGCAACAUUGAUUUGGCUGCAAAGGCUCGUGCACAACUACUUGAAUUGGAGGCUAGUCAUAUCGGUGACAAUGUCAUUAUGUCUAAUAUCUAUGCUGCCAAAGGUAUGUGGGAUGAGAAGAUAAUUGUUAGAGCUAUGAUGAUGCAACGUAGGGCUCCCGGUUGCAGUUCAAUAGAAGUUGGAGGUGAAAUUAAUGAGUUUGUCACUGCUGAUGAUGAGCACCAUAUGAAAACAGAAAUUUACGAGGUUCUUGAAUACUUGAUUAAAACAAUGAGAGAUCAUGGUUAUGCUCCUGGGCUGUCAAGCCUAGCAGAGUACUGA